AUUGGGCAGGUCUGUCAGGAUAUAAAUUCCCGAGCUUCUGCAUCCAUCCCAAGAGAAUUGGCUGUCCUCUCAGCUGGGAGUCCACACGCGAGAGGACCCAGGCACUUGGGCUCUCUGAGCAGCAAUCCGUGAAUCUGCUUUCCCAGACGACCAGGAUCUGAAACAGAAUCUAGACCAUUCAGCUCUUCAAAUCCUAGACCCCAGACCUCGCCUGAGGACGUGAGCCAUUGAUGGACUGGAACAAGGCCGGGUUGGAGCACCCAGGACUGUGGGUCCCUGUGCUGGCUGUCUUUCUACUGGGAGCCUGCCAGGCACACCCCAUCCCUGACUCCAGCCCCCUCCUCCAAUUCGGGGGCCAAGUCCGGCUGCGUUAUCUCUACACAGACGACGCCCAGGAGACAGAGGCCCACCUGGAGAUCAGGGCUGAUGGCACAGUGGCAGGGGCUGCCCACCGGAGCCCUGAAAGUCUGUUGGAGCUGAAAGCCCUGAAGCCCGGAGUCAUACAAAUCUUGGGAGUCAAGACAUCCAGGUUUCUGUGCCAGGGGCCAGAUGGGACGCUGUAUGGAUCGCUCCACUUCGACCCCGCGGCCUGCAGCUUCCGGGAGCUGCUCCUUGAAGAUGGCUACAACGUCUACCAGUCCGAAGCCCUUGGCCUCCCGCUCCGCCUGCCCCCCCACAGCUCCCCACACUGGGAUCCAGCCCCUCGGGGACCUGCCCGCUUCCUGCCGCUGCCAGGCCUGCCCCCAGCGCCCCCAGAGCCUCCAGGGAUCCUGGCUCCCGAGCCUCCAGACGUGGGCUCCUCAGACCCCCUGAGCAUGGUGGGGCCUUCACACGGCCGAAGCCCCAGCUACGCCUCCUAAAGCCACAGGCUGUUUGUCAUUGGGUCUCCUCUUUAUUUAUUGGGUUAUUUAUCUUAUUUAUUUUUUUAUUUUUCUUACUUGGGAUAAUAAAGAG